AUGCUCGCCCGUACUCUUCUCCUCUCUGUCCUCGCCGCGACGGCGCUUGCGUCAGCCGAGCCCGCUCAGCCAGCAGAGCUCGUGGGCCGUCAGGAUGGCUCUGGUGCCUCUUGCCAACCUGUAUGCCCUGCGCUGGGAAAGAUUACUACCGACCCCAAGACAUACUGCCCGGCAGACGUGGUCUCCGGCCUCAGUAGUUGCCUUACCUGCCUUCAGGGGUUGCCUGCUCCGAACCAGACUGCGAUCGACGAGAUUAAGAAUGUGCAGAGCCUUCAGAGUAAGAACUGCAAGGAUGGCAAGCCGUCAGCUGCCUCGAAGACUCUUAUCAGCGCCGGCGCGGCCGUGGUCGCGGUGGUUGCCGGCGCCAUGGUUCUCUGA